UGUUGUCCUGCGGGAGAGCGUGAGGCGCCGGUGAUAGCGAAGGUGGGAGACGGCGGGGCGACGGGGCGACGGGAGCGCUUGCACCUCGUCAGCGACGGCGAGGAUGCGUCGGCCUCCAGGAUGGAGACCCUGAAAGUGAAGGACCGGAUCCUGGAGAACAUUUCGCUGUCGGUGAAGCAGCUUCAGGGAUACUUUGCUGCCUGUGAAGAUGAAACUCCAGCAAUUCGGAACCAUGACAAGGUUCUACAAAGGUUGUGUGAACACCUGGACCAUGCCCUACUCUACGGUUUGCAGGAUAUUUCGUCUGGAUAUUGGGUUUUGGUUGUGCACUUUACACGCAGUGAAGCAGUGAAGCAGAUUGAGGUGUUGCAACAUGUUGCCACAAAUCUUGGUCGUAGUCGAGCCUGGCUGUAUCUUGCACUAAAUGAGAAUUCAUUAGAGAGCUACUUAAGGUUAUUCUGGGAAAAUCAGACCCUGCUUCAUAAGUAUUACUUCAAGAAUGCCCUGGUCUGUAGUCAUGAUCACCUGACCCUCUUCCUCACACUUGUUUCUGGUCUGGAAUUCAUCCGAUUUGAGUUGGAGUUGGAUGUUCCCUACCUUGACUUGGCACCAUAUAUGCCGGAGUAUUACAAGCCACAUCACUUGCUAGACUUUGAGGAGCGUUUGCCCAAUUCUGUGCAUGGUUCUGACAGCCUCUCACUCAAUUCAUACAACUCUGUCACCUCAACUAAUCUAGAAUGGGAUGAUAGCGCCAUUGCACCUUCCAGUGAGGAUUAUGAUUUUGGAGAUGUAUUUUCUGCAGCACAGUCCAUACCCAGCACUGACUGGGAAGAGGGUGAAUUGACAGACACAGUCAGCAGCUGCCCUCGAUCUGGAACCUCAGAGAGUUUGCCAUUGAACAACAAACCAAACUCAAAGAGCCCAACCCUCCGCUACAACCCUUUUAAUGGAGAGAAAACAGAGUCUCCACAUGCACCAGAAGGCAAUGUGGUGCAGAACACUGAAUCCAAGGGAGAAGAGAACACAUUGGAUAUACAGGAUGUCACCAAGAAUACCACAGAGCUUGAAGUAAUCAGAUUGGCAAAGAAGAAGAGAACACCAAAAAAGAAGAGAGGGAAAUCUGAGGAGCAAAUACAGGAAGAAAUACAGCAGUCAAAGGAAGAAGAUGCCAAGACUGAGGAAGACUGUGAUCUGGAAGCACAAGAUGAACAAAGCACAAAAUUGGAUUUGCAGAAAUCAACUGCAAUUCCUGGAACUGAGGACACUAACACUGAGGAUAUGGUGCUCUGCGUGACUCGACGAGAGUCUGAUGCCGAUGCUACCCAGCCAGGUUUACAGAUACCGCAGAUGAAGGACACAUCCAUGAGCAGCGUCGGGCAUUCGCUGAGCAAAGUGAUGGAGCAGCUUAAUGAAACAACUGACACCAAUGCUUGGAUGCCAGACGACGGUCACCCCGAGCAGCCCUUUCGGACUUGUGUCCCGGGGAACACCCCGGGUGAGUCUCCACAUAGCGAGUAUAGUGAGCGGAUGCCACCUGCCAUGGAGUUCUACAGGUUUACCCUCGAGAGUCCAAGCGCUAGUGCAACAGGUAGCUGCAACGAUGACCUUGCAGGGGAUGGCCAACAAGAGAAUGUUUUUGGUAGCCAUGAAGCUGCUAGCACAGAAACGUGCAAAGAAGACAUCCCUGGCACUGUAGCGACACAAGGGAUCACAGAGGAAGCUGAUGCCCCAGUGAGUCAAGAGGCAGAAGAUACAGAGGCUGUUUCGGUACCCAAUAACCAGUCUGAUAACAUAAAUGCCAAGCUGGGUGAGACUGAUCUAGAACAGUUGGAAAUUCAGACCUUCACUUCUGAAAAUAAAGCAGAGAAUGAGGCAGCUCAAAAUAGUCCUUCAGAACUAACCCAUCCAGCUGACUUCAGGGUAGACAAUAAUCUGCUGCUUCUGCUGAUGAUUCAUGUUUUCAGGGAGAAUGAAGAGCAGCUCUAUAAGAUGAUGCAGAUGUGGACAGGUCAUAUGGAGGGGAACCUACAGUUGCUGUAUGUUCUGCUGACAGAUUGUUAUGUCUACCUGUUGAGAAAAGGAGCUGCAGACAAGCCCUAUGCAGUGGAGGAAGCAGUAUCCUACAAUGAACUUGACUAUAUUUCUGUGGGACUUGGUCAACAGACUAUUCAGCUUGUUUGCACUAAUCGACGGAGGCAGUUCCUUCUAGACACAGCAGAUGAAUCUCUGACUGAGUUUUUCCUCACUGCUUUGCGAUCUGCUAUGAUUAAAGGCUGCAGGGAGCCCCCAUAUCCCAGUAUCCUUAUGGAUGCCACCAUGCAGAAACUGGCUCUGACCAAAUUUGUGGCCCAAGAAUCAAGUUGUGAGGUAUCUGACGUCACCAUCCACCUCUACAGUUUGAUUCACUGGGAGGAUCCCAUGGAUGUAACAGCAGGGCCUCAGAAGAACCUCUACAUGACUGUUGCAAAUGCAGUUACAAAAGAAGGAAUUCUACAUUACAGGGCUGGUACCAGCUACCUGGGCUCCCCUAUCUGGAAGCCCUCUUAUGUAGUACUCAGCAAUGGCAUCCUCUAUCAGUAUCCAGACAAGAUAGAUGUAAUGCCACUCUUGUCAGUAAACUUGGCUGGAGAGCAGUGCGGAGGGUGCCGAAGGUCGAGCACUACAGAGCGCCCCCACACAUUCCAAGUGAUUCUGACAGAACGGCUUGCUUUGGAACUCAGUGCUGAGAAUGAGGAGGAGAUGGCCGACUGGAUGCAGCACCUUUGCCAGGCAGUGUCCAAAGGGAUUGUACCCCAGGGUCUUGUACCCUCUCCAUGCAUCCCAUGCUGCCUUGUUGUGACAGAUAGAAUGGUCCUUACAUGUCAUGAAGAUGCUCAGACCAAUUUCUUCAGAUUAUUGGGCAGCACUGAGCUAAUGAAUGUCAGUAGUGUGUCCAUUGCCCCCAGCAGGGAGUACUGUCUGAUGGAGCUAGCUGAAGGUCAGAAAACUCUUCCUUGGUUCCUGUACUUUAGUUGUACUGAGGAGCUGCAGCGCUUUCUAGCUGCAUUGAAGGGUGCUUGGAGGAAGAUCUUCAAGGUUGAUCUGCCUCAAAAGUCACUUCAGGACCCUUCCAUUCGUAAUAAAUGCGAUGAUGCUGUCACACUUAUUCGUACUACCUGGCAGCGAAGCGACAGUUUAUCUAGAGGGCGCAGUGAGCGCGAUCCAUGGUGUUGAAAACACUCACGCCUGAAGCACGGCAUGAGAAUGCUUGCUGCCCCUCUGGAUGUUGCGUGUAGCAUUUUGCACAAUGUUAGUGGAUUUGAACAUACUGCAAGAGAAUGUAAAGGAAUUAAUACAAAUAUACAAGGAAAAAUUCUCUGAAGAAAACCCACCCAUGAAUUUUUCAGAAUGCCUCAACGUUAUAAAUAAUUGAAAGCAGUUAAGGGAAUGGAAACCUGCCCACUGAGGUGGGUAACAGAUGUGACACUCAGUCCAGAUUUGGAAAUGUACAUAUUGAUCAUUUUUGCUCCUCCACUUAAUAAAUAUCCUAUCUCUUAGAAGUUGUAUUCUUGCAACAUGAGUGUCUGCUUUUGAAAGAAUUUUUUUGGAGAGACUUUGGAACAAAACAGAUAUUUCUUCACAACAAGGCAGAUCUUUCCUGCUGGGGGGAAAAUGAAUGGGCCAAGAUUGAGGGAGCACAGGAAAAAAAUAUGCUGCUACUUUGAAGGAGACAUCUGUUUUUCUAAAAUGGUGCAAUGUGACUUGGUCAAUAUCCUUGUAUGUCAGGCUCUCUGCACCAGCUUUGACCUGUAGUUGUGAAAAGUCUUGUCUGCAGGUUUUAGUUUCUUCAGAAGCAAUUGUGAUCCUGAAGAACUGACCAAAAAGAUUUGGGUAUCAUCUGAUGCAUGCAUAAUUGCAUGGAGGACUUUCAAAAAAUUUUAUAGAAAGACUUAUUCAUUUUGGUAUAUUAUUUAGAUUGACUGCACAUCAACCACUUUUUGGUGGCUAAAUAAUUUUGGGUUGUGCAAAGCCCUGAAGUCAGUGUCUCUAGUGGCUCCUUUGUGACUUCCUUCCUACUAAGCUGGAGAAUCUUGCACAAGAGAUUUUACGAUUAACAGGAAUCCUGUGGACUAUAACUCAUGUCUUCAUACCUGAUCAUGUAACCAUAGUGCACCCUUCAAACUGCAGGGUAUUAUAUCGAAUAAUGCUGUUUGAAUGCAAAUCUUCGAUGAGGUGUUGGGUAGACGUGAACAGAUUUGUUACUGGGUAACAUCAGCCUUAGACUGAAAGCCCUUUUACUGCUCAGUCAUUUGAAAAGAGCUGUGUGUAAGAAAUUGUAAGCAGGCUAAAGUUGAAUGAAAACACAAAUGGCAGUAGAUGCUGGAAAUCUGAAAUAAUAAAAACAAAAUGCAGGGAAUACUCAGCAGGUAAAUCAACAUCUGUGGAGAGAGAAGCAAUGUUAAUGUUUUGAUAGUGACCAUCAAAAUGAAAUGUUAAUGCUGUUUCUCUAUUUACGUGCUGCAUGACAUACUGAGUAUUUCCAGUCUUUCCUAUUUAUUAACUGUUGGUAAUCUGUAUCUUGAGGUAGAUGGUGUAAUUUAUCACCUACAUAUGAAUCCAGAGUUUCCUCCAGUUUUUCCAAAAUGGUUUAGUCAACUAAAGUUGCAUUGCCAGUCUGGAAGUGGCUAUGCUGUUGGUAGUGUAAUAAUGUUCAACUCCAUUUAAGAACCACUCUUCUGGAUGAGCAGUGUUCGGAGCAGCAUGUCUGAAAGGCAGAUCAAUGGUUUCUUGGAUGGAGGUGACAAGUGGGGCCGCAUUAAGCUAUACAAAUCACAGGACCCAUAUUCAUCCUUAAAACUAACUCUCAGCCGGUAAUUACCUGUGUAAUAUAACCGUACAGAAUUCUCAUUUUAUAAAUGCAUUAUAUAUUGCACGUCCCCACUUCAUGGCAAUGGGUCAAUAUUGCAUUAACUUUUUGUAGAUCAGCUGCCUCUUCAUGUGAUCUGAAGUUACAGCCUCUAAAUCUUUGUUUUAUUUUCAAUUUCUGUUAUUCUAGAUAGUUUUCAAUCUAUAAAGUCAGGUGGUUGCAAAUGAGAAUUUUUUUGCAGUGUAGUGAGUGUUUGUCUCUAUGUACGAGUAUAUUGUGCAGCCUGACAGAGGUGUACACCUGCUCCAUAGUUCAAGACUGCAUUCCACUUCCCUUAUGAAUACAGUGUGAGGUUGACCAGUUGGAGAGCUGCUAAACAGAAUCCACCCUGAGUUAGGCUUUCAGUAAAUCAGUAUCCCAGCAAGACCUAAUGCCUAUGAAACCCAUUCCUUGUCAAAAAUCUGAAUUUCUUGAAAUGUCGCUUUAUUAAAAGCCUGUGCCAAUGGAAUCUGGACCCAGAGUUAGUGUCUAAGGGGAAGCUGUAUUCUAGUACAACUCUUGCACCUUUGACCCAAAAAUCUAUGUAAAAAGUUUGAUUUGUGUCUUAAUUUUGCUAAUCUCUGGUGUCUCUUUUCCCACUGCCCCCUUCCAAAUAUGUAAAUAGGAUUAGUGAUAUCUGGCAAUACUUGAGAGAAAUCUUAACUCAAUGCUUGUAACCGAACCACUGAAACCUGACAAUGGAAAGGUCAUCUGAUCAGCCAACGUCAAAAGCAAAGACUGACCCACAAAUAAAAGUUCAAAGUUGUGGUGAGGCAGGAACUGUGGGAUGGGUUUACAUAUGAAAUAGGCUGUUACAAUAACAAAUCCUAAUGAUAGCAAACACUUUAAAAGAAAAAUGAGUAUUUUUCAGUCUUUGUAUACGAACAUGUGGAAUGAUUGUCAAAGUAGAAUAAUAGAGGAAAUUAUUGUGUAGUUGAGAAAUCAGGUUUCUUCGACUAGGUCUAUAGAAUGGAUGUUUUUUUAUAUCUGUACUCGCAUAUCGACCUAAAUUCAAAGUACAAGUUAUUUCCACUAACAGCCAUCAAUACUUCAGCCUGUGUUAUACAGAUCAAGGUGUUUGCAUUUGGUUCUUUGGUUUGGGCAGAAUAUAGAAAUGUGUUGUUGGUUGAUGUUUACUAAUCAUAGUGCAAAAAUAUACAUCUUCCUCAUUGCUAAACUGGAUCAAAUUACGUACAUUCAACAACCUUCAGACAUGAUGAGCAAAACCCUGUCCUAUCAGAGCAGGUUUUUUUGAACUUGCCUUUGCAUAUGUAGAUAGUUUUUAUUUGUAUGCCAAGUUUAAAAGGUAAAGUAGCAACGAAGUACAUGCCAGCUAAUUACUAAAUGUAACAGAGAUCUACAGAUAUGUAUCAAAUAAAACAAAACCACUAAAAACAAAGGCAAGAAAAAUAAGUUGAUAAAUUCCUCAGAAAUCAGGUAGUUAAUACCUUUUUGAAUGUACCAACAUUGGAAGUAUGGAAGGACUCCAGACUCUUGAGCUGUAUAUUAACACUGCAAGUCUCAAUGGUUGCAAGAACAGAAAUAUUCUGGUACAUUUCUGCAUUUUUAAUCUAAGUAUGUGACGUAUAUAUAAAAAAAAUAUAACUUAAACCCUGCUCGGUGGAUUGCAGCAUCUCCCUAUAACCCUGGUGUUGCAUUGCAGAAACUGAAAUGAUGGGUUCAGACUAGAACUGUGACCCACACCAGUAAAUGAUGUCUUCCACAAGUAUUUUCUGUCAGCAGAAUAGUUAAAUGCUGAUUCUACAAAAUUCUUGUUAUUAAUGCUUUUUUACAAACAAUGUGAGCUUGAGUAGACUGCCAGAGCUUACUUUCAUCUGUUCAUCUUUAACGCUUCAUUUUGUACUUGUUAAAGCAAGGGAAGUUAGUUAUCUGAAAUGGAAUGCUGUAUCAAAGCAGGAUAUAAGCUUUUGUUGCAUGUUCCUGAAGUAGUUUGGGUGAUUUUUCAGAUACAUGGUUUACUAAAAUUUUGGUAAAACCCAGAAUCUCUCAGGAAUUUUAUUGACCAUAAGUCACAUUGUUCACUUAGAUGUAAAUUGGCAGACAUGUAAAUUUUACUUUUGGCUUUACUCAGCUGUAAGAUGUUUUGUCUGAAAGCCAAAUGUCAGCACAGUGAUUAAGUAUUAUAUUGCCUUUUGAUUGAGAUAUGGAACCCUGACCCCUCACAUCUUCUCAGGUGCAUGACAUUUUUCAAAGGGAAGGGAGUUUGUGAACUAAACAGUUACUCUUAAUCAACACCAGCAAAAGAAAGCUUUACUGGUCAUUAAUCUCAUUGCAUUGUGUGAUACUUCAGUGUCUAAAAACAUGUUCCUCUAUUUGGCUACCCUUCCAAGGUCCUGAAUUUUCCAGGACUUUUUUUUUGGGACAUCCUGAGGCUAUGGGGGAUAAAUGCAAUUUAUUUCUGCUUUCUUUGAGGAGAGGAGAAGGGAAAAUUUGCUGGACAAAAAUGGAUAAUGUGGUUAAAGUGCAAUUACAAUCUAAAAAAUUACUUGUGUAAUAGGGCAGGAAAGUAGUAUUUCACUGCACAAAUUAACUUGGUCUACAGUUAUAUAAGAUUAAAAGAUAAUUGAAAAAGACUGCUGAAGUAGUUUAGGUCCAGUACAUGUUAAGCUCACCCAGUUAGAUUGGUUGUUCGUCUGCAGUUAGUUGUGUUCCCAUGGUGGUAAAGUUGAUGCAAUGAACAAAGCUGAGUUCAUAAUGUAGAUCACGUGGUCAUGAAGAGAGCAGUUUUCUACUCAUACUAUCGCGUGUUCAAUGUGAUAUUUCAGAAUUUGCCCAGUCCUUUACUGUUCAUGUAAGAAUUUGUAACAUUAGCUGAGGUUUAUACCGUGAAGUCUCUCACUACAGCAUUGGGUUAUCCUCGUACAGCCUCUUGAUCAUUUUGGUUUGAGAGCCCUUUCUCUGUACUGUUCAUUUUCCUUUGGGUAAAAUGUGUAAUCUAGUUAUCUCAAUGGCAUUUUACAUACAUUUUUAGAUAUUCGUGACUUGGAUAUAAAUAACAGAUUUCAAAAAUACUAAUAACAGCAUGAUUUAUGGUCCAUUCCGGACUAAUGAAUCUGUUAAAUAAAUUUCAUUAUCGGUGCAUUAGACCAUGGGAACAACAACGGUAAUUCUGAAAUACUUACAAGUGCUUUUAAAAAAGGGAGUUGUAAAUUUCUUGUACAAAGUGACAGCGUUGCCACGUUUCUAUGUGGUUCUGUUUUCUGAUGCCACUGGAUUGCAAAUUUGGCAGUCCAGUGGUGGGAUAUUUACUAAUGUUCUUGGUGGCCCUCACUCUUAACUGAGGUGCUCAGCUAAGCAGUUGGUAGUGGAUAAUUUAAUGCUAAAGUUAGGGUAAGUUGCUGUUCAGAAUCUGAGUUGAUCUCAGCCUGGUUUCUUAUUGCUGCAUAGCUAACAAAUUGUCCUGCUGUGAGACACGAGGUGAAGUGACGUUAAAAUCUUCACAUCACCUUUAUGAUAGGUUCUUCGCUGCAUUCUGUAUAAGUAAAAUGCCUUCUACUGAGUGCAGUACAGUCUGUUUACAGCAAAAUAAAGCACGUUACUUUAUAGAAUAGUUACUUAGUAUUUAAUCAGACAAACUAUGUAACUUGGGUAUAGUCCAUUAUUUACAUUUUACAGACUCCUUUAAGACGGGGCAGAGGAGUAUGCAUUUGCUGUAACUUUCAAUAUUGAGAGAUUUUUCUUUUCUGAUUUAACUAUAGGGUGUGAAAAUAUGUAGCUAUUGCUUCCUCAGGUUCUGUACCCUCAGUCUCACUAUCAUUACGGUGAAAUGUUAAACAUUUACAUUACGAAAACUGAUGGUCUGAGAAAAGUCAAGUAAAGCUAGUUAAGAUCACAAUCAAGUGUUUAUUUGCCUUUGUAUAGAAAAUUAUGUAAGUUUUGUAAAGUAUGUUUUGCUAUUUAAUACAUAAAACACAUAAUGGAUCUAAAUCUCAAAGUUGAAAGCAAUAAUCAUGAAGUCAUCCUAUUAAUGAUGAAUUUGGUAAUUUCUCAUUUAAAUUUUUGAAACUAUUUCUGCUCAUCUAUAGGACAACUGAAAAUGGUUAUCAAAAUUACACAAAUUAUGUAAGCACUAUAAAUAUCUGUUGUCGAGGAGGCCCAGCCAGUUUCCAGUAUUAGGCAAAUUAAGCCAGCUUGAUUCAGUAUUCCUGCCUUUGCAAUUAUUUUAAUAUUGAUGCAUAAUAACAUUAAAAAGGUACUCUAAUUUUGAAUGUUACAGCUCUUGCUGCUUAAUUAAAACAUUAAGUAAACUACAGGUUUUUAAGGAGAAAUCACUACUUGCACAAUGUCCUCUAACCUAGGUGUAAAUUUAAUUCAGUGACAGCCUUUGUAAACCCCAAUAAUUAUGUUUAAUGAUGCAUGUUUGGUGUUUGAACCAUGUAAAUCCAGUGUUUAUUGUAUAUAAUAACUUGAUGUAAAUAGAAUGGAAUUAAUAAAAUGGUGUUUGUCUCAA